AAAGCCUCUCCCCAUUCUUCGAUUCCCGUAGUCGUCCGAUAUCCGCAAACGAAGCACGAAAAUAGUGGGGAACAUGUCGGUUCAGGUUUCGGCAAUUCCAUCUUCUUCUCCGAGUAAAGGAAGAAGCAGCGGGGUCGAACGCCGGUCGGCGGAAUAUCACGAGAGCGUAUGGGGUGAUUACUUCCUCAAAUAUGCUUCUCCCUCCAACUCAACGAAAUUCAAAUUCCUUGGAAGAGUGGAGGAACAAGUCGAGGAAUUGAAAGGAGUGGUGAGGAAGAUGCUGACUGAUGUCGCGGAUAAGCCUUCACAAAUGCUUCACUUGAUUGAUCAAAUUCAACGCUUGGGAAUUGACUACCAUUUUGAACGAGAAAUAGAUGAGCAAUUAGAACAUAUCCACAAAAGUUACUAUCAACUCGAUCAUGGAGGUUUUAUGGGAGAUGACCUUCACAUGGUUGCUCUUAUGUUUCGAUUGCUGCGACAACAAGGUUUCAAUAUCUCAUCGGAGGUUUUUAACAAAUUCAAGGACAGUGAAGGCAAAUUCAGGGAAUCACUCAUCACAGAUGUGCGCGGAUUAUUGACCCUAUAUGAAGCUUGCCAUUUAAGGUGCCAUGGCGAUGAUAUUUUGGAGGAAGCACUUCCUUUUGCUAUAACUCAACUUGAAUCGAUUGAUGAAAUGAAAGUAAGCAAUAAUCUUGCGAAACAAGUGAGUUGUGCCCUCGAUCAACCACUUCGCAAGGGGCUGCCGAGACUCGAGGCAAGGCAUUAUAUAUCAAUCUACCAAGGAGAGCCUUCACAUGACGACGUCUUGCUCGCCUUGGCUAAACUAGAUUUCAACUUAUUGCGAGAGCAACACCAAAAGGAACUGGGCAGGAUUACAAGGUGGUGGAAGGAUAUAGAUGUUGCGAGGAAGUUCCCAUUCUGUAGAGAUAGGAUUGUGGAGUUGUUCUUCUGGAUAUCGGGAGUAUAUUUCCAGCCGGAGUUUGCCGAGGCCAGAUAUAUACUAACCAGAGUGAUCGCCCUGAUUUCCAUUCUCGACGAUAUCUAUGACGUCUAUGGCACGUUAGUAGAACUCGUAUCCUUAACCGAAGCAAUUGAGAAGUGGAGUGUUGAUGCCAUGGAUGGACUACCGGAGUAUAUGCAAGCUUAUUAUAAGGUGCUUCUCGAUCUCUAUGAUGAAAUUGGGAAUGAAUUGGCCACGAAAGGAAGAUCAUACCGCCUUACCUAUGCAAAAGAAGCCAUGAAGAAGCAAGCAAGAGGGUACUUUGACGAAGCCAGAUGGUUCCAUACCGGCUACACACCAACGAUGGAGGAAUACAUGCCCCUUGCAUUAUUAACGACCGGCUAUGAAGAGGUAGCGAUCACAUCGCUUGUAGGAAUGGGCGAUGUGGUCACAAGAGAUGCUUUUGAAUGGUUGCUCGGUGACUGCAAGAUCUUGAAGGCUUCACAAAUCAUAUGUAGGUUCAUGGAUGACAUUGCUUCUCACCAGUUGGAGCAAAAGAGGGGGCACGUAGCAUCUUCGGUGGAGUUGUUGAUGAAAGAAAAUGGCAUCUCGGAGCAGGAAGCUGAGGAGGAACUCCAGAAACGAGUUGUUGAUGCGUGGAAGGACAUCAAUGAGGAGUUUCUUCGUCCGACCGCGGUCCCAGCACCGGUUCUCACGCGAAUUCUCAAUCUCUCGCGGGUGAUCGAUGUGCUAUACACCAACGGAGAUCAUUACACCCAUUCGAAGACCAAGGUCAAAGAUCAUAUCAUAUCGCUCUAUGUUAGUCCCCUGCCGAUGUGAAGUUUGAACUAAACAUCAUCACACCGAUGUGGUAUUGAAAAUAAAGGGUCUAUCAACCAUGCCUCUGAACUCUCUAUUUUUCUUGGAUGCAAGAGGGAAAAUAUCGUUACUAGUAUAUACUUUCAAAA